AUGUUCUCCAAGAUCGCUAUCGCUGCUACCGCCCUUGCCGGCGCUGCCUACGCCACUACUGGCGAGACUGUCACUGCCACUGGCCUUGCUGUCACUGCUGUCAACGCCAACGACGGCUCCGGUGCCGGUACUGAUGCCUACACCAUGUACAGCGGUGACGGCUCCGCCGGUUCUGGCUGGCCCGACCAGUCUACUUGGGUCUCUUACUCCGACAUGUUCGAGAACAACAAGCCCUUCAUGCAAGCUCACUGCGGGAACUUGGGCUGGGGUGACAACGACUCCGACGCUGAGAUCCAGGCUAUCCAGGAUGCCAUUGAUACCGUCGCCACCGCCACCUUCGUUGACCACCGCUUCAUCCUGGCUGUCAUCAUGCAGGAAUCCGGCGGCUGCGUUCGUGCCCCUACCUCCGUCUACAGUGUCAGCAACCCCGGUCUGAUGCAAGACCACUCUGGUGCUUCCACCUGCAACCCAGGCUCUUCUGGCUCUGCCCAGUCCAUCUCUCCUUGCCCCGACGACCAGAUCUCUGGCAUGAUCUCUGACGGAACUGCCGGAACUGACGCUGGCGACGGUCUCGCUAACUGCCUUAACCAGGCCACUGGCACUGGUUCCCAGGCCUUCUACGAAGCUGCCCGUAUCUACAACUCCGGCAGCGUCGACCCCUCCGGCGACCUCGGCGCUGGUGUUGCUACUCACUGCUAUGCCUCUGACAUUGCCAACCGUCUUACUGGCUGGGUCAACGCUGCCCACGGUUGCACUCUUGACGGUUAAACAAAAGAAUUAUCGACCAUGAGAAGAUGAUUUUUCCUUAGCCACCUUGUUUUUUUUUAUAGCUCCAAGAGAGAUUGCAUCUGAUUACAUACAUGUAACAAGGGUCCA